GGCUUCCCAUAAGAUGGACAGACGAUCUAUUGAGGUUCGCGGGGAUUCGCUGGAUGCAGAAAGUGUAAGACCGAUCUUUGUCGCGAGGCUUGGUGGAAGCCAUGUCCAGCAGUGGACGUCUGUUGGCUGAUGAAAUAGAAUAUAACAGAAUAUUACGUAAUAUAUACGCUACAGGCUGACGGGCAUCGUCAAAGACAAAUUAAUCUCUCAUCUGAGGAAUCACGACCGUCAUCAGUAAUAAGGAAGACAACGCGAGGAAUAAUACAUGAUAAAUAAAACCCACACGGCCUUCUGUUCACAAGCUAAAAUUCCCUGUACUAUGAGAACUCUGUAAUGAAUGCAGUGAGCAAUAUUAUUUGAAAUGUGUUUUUACGAUAAUCAAAUAGUCGAUGCUUGUCCCUGAUUGGUUCGAAUUAUCACCUCGUAUCAGAUACACGAUAAAGUAGUCUUAACGCGGUCAGCUUGAUUCACUUUAACUAAGUUCACAUUUAGUGUUUCCAAAAAGCACACCCAUUUAAAUAAGAUUACAAAUUUGUGAACGCUUCUAAAAAAAAAAUUGUGUUCAAAAAAGUUAAAGAUGGUGUUCCACUUGCCGAGAUUCACGAAAUGCUGCUGUUGUAUACCCUUGAGGAUUGGAUCGUUAUUAAUCGGAUAUCUUUCGAUUAUAAUCUCUUGUGUAGCACUAGCUUCAAUUUCCUGGUUGAUCUACCGAGUGGCUUCGUUUGUGGAGAAUAAUAAGGAUAGCCCAAGCACGGAGCACACACAAGAAGAGUUGGAGCACCACGCGCUUUCUCUAUACCUAUCAUUUUCUUACUCUAUACUUGUCUUUAUCUACUAUUUAAUAAUAAGCAUUAUUUUGCUUUAUGGGGCUCACUUGAAAAAUCCUAAAUAUCUUCGAAUUUACUUUAAAGCUGCGUUAUAUUUACUAGUAUUGGCUGCUGCUAUGGUUGUAGUGUCGUGUGUGUUUUUGGGCUUCAUAGCAGCUAUACUGUUGCUAAUUUGGAGUUUUUUUUUGUUUAUCUGUACGAUUGUUGUGAAAAGUACAGCAUUGGAAUUGGAGGAAGAGAACAAGCCAAAGACUUAUGAAAUGCAGAGUUUAUAUAUCACGGGAAGAAUACCCUCUGCCUACAGUUAAAAUGCACUUUUUACUUAAAACUUUUUGAGGCCUCGGGAGACCAGAAGGCCGGUACGUAUUUUGCACAAAGAAUUAGCAUUGCUAUCCAGCGUGGAAAUGCUGCCAGCCUUCUGGGAACUCUGCCAACCGGCGGUGAGCUAACGCAGAUUUUCUAUUUAUAAGUAGCUUUACCUAAAUAAUUAUUAUUUUUAUUCAUUU